AUGUUCGAGUAUCACGAUGCUCCUAAAGGAGGACAUCGUGGCCGGGAGAAAACAAGUCUCACGGUGAGUCGAGACUUUUACUGGCCCCGCCAGUAUCAGUUUGUGCGAAAGUAUGUUCGCGCAUGCGAAGUCUGCCAACGAGUGAAGUCAAGUCCUUCACUGCGUGCACCUUUACAGCCUCUACCGGUUCCGGCUGAGUGCUGGGAAUCCAUCUCAAUGGAUUUCGUCUUCGGGUUACCCAAAGACGCACGCGAGAAUACGGGUAUUCUCGUAUUUGUUGACAGAUUCAGCAAAAUGGUACACCUUGUGGCUGUACCAGAGACAAUCACGGCAAGUGGCUGUGCCUGUGUCUUUAUUGACACCAUCUUCCGACUUCAUGGGUUGCCCCGUGAACUCGUAUCAGACAGAGAUCCACGAUUCACUGCUGAUUUCUGGCGUUCCGUGUUCAAAUCACUCGGAACGCGCUUGAAGAUGUCGACAUCUGAUCAUCCAGAGUCAGAUGGUCAGACGGAACGUGCCAAUCGUGUCCUCGAAGAGAUACUUCGAGGAUACGUACACUCCUUUAAGAGUUGGAGUGAAUUUUUGCCAAUGGUAGAGUUUGCCAUUAACAACUCGGUGCAUGCGUCCACGACACAUACACCGUUUUACGUGAAUGGCUUGCGCCAUCCGCGUGUACCCACCUUACUAGAGUGUAACUCUGGUGUAAGGGGGGGAGGGACUCGCGCGAGCAAAACCCGAUUUGGUUCACGCUCAUCACGCUCUGACGAAGAGGUCAUUGCUUUUGAUGCCGAUAUCGAUAACAUCGAUAUCGAAGAAGAUGAUGCUAGUGAGAGUGCGGAAGCCCUCACUGAAGAAGAUGAUGCCAGUGAGAGUGCGGAAGCCCUCACUGAAGAAAAGGUUGAUGUUGCUGCAGUGCGCAUACAGCGCACUGAAGCUAACGAGUCAUCAGAUGAGUUCAUACUGGCUCGUGAAACGGUAGUCCGUUUUGUGCAAGACUCCAUCGCUGAAGCGGUGACUUAG